AUGGCGCCAACAGUUGACCUCGCCGAGUAUCUCUGGAUACGACUUGCGCAACUCAACCUUGGUUCCGUUCAUGGCGUUCCCGGAGACUACAACCUAACUCUGCUGGACUAUAUCAAGCCAGCAGGCAUCAACUGGGUCGGUAACGCCAAUGAAUUAAAUUCCGGCUAUGCUGCGGACGGCUAUGCAAGAAUUAAAGGCAUUGGCGCCCUUGUUACCUCCUUUGGCGUAGGAGAACUCUCGGCUAUUAAUGCAAUCGGCGGCGCAUACGCUGAGAAAGCACCAGUUGUCCAUAUCGUCGGGACGCCUCCGGUAGCCGCUCAGCAAGCCGGCGCUUGCUUACAUCACUCCUUGGGCGAUGGUAAUUUCAGAGUCUUUGCAGAUAUGCAGAAGGCUGUCACUGUCGCCCAGGCAAAUCUUAUGGAUGCGUCCGUAGCUCCCGAGAUGAUUGAUGCAACCCUGGUGGAAUGUCUUCGCCAAAGCCGGCCGGUAUACAUCGAAGUGCCCACAGACAUGGUCAGAGCAAAGGUCCCAGCGCCUACCUCCCCGCUGGAACUGUCCAUGACACACUAUGAUGAAUCUUUCGAGGACCAAGUUAUUGACGCUAUUGUCACGCGCAUCCAACGCAGCAGGAAGCCUAUGAUCCUAGUGGACUCCUUUGCCGCCCGACUUGGCAUAAAGGAUGAGAUCAACGAGUUGGCUAGGCUAACGAACAUUCCUGUUUUGACAAGCCCCGGCGGCAAAGGAGUUGUUAGCGAACACUUGCCCAACUUUCACGGCGUCCACUUCGGAUCCGCAGGGGUGCCAGCCCAUCAGGCGUGGGCCCAGUCUCGAGAUUUAGUGCUUCGCUUUGGGCCCCUCAAUUCGGAGACCAACACCUUUGGGUUCACAGCUCUACCGGAUCCUCGAGUGGCCGUGACGUUCGAUAAGCACUCGAUACACUGGAACGGUCAAGAUUCCCGCGGUCGUUCUGUCUCCAUCAAGUCCGCCCUCCAAAAGUUGUUACGACGACUCAAGUCUAUAUCACUCCCGAUACCAGAGCCUUAUCCUAUCGAGUGUCCCUCUCUGAGAAGCAUGCUCCAAAACCUACCAACACCAAAAGAAGAUGCUAUUGUGGACCAGUACUCCUUCUGGCUUUUCAUCUCGAGCUUCAUCCGCGAGGGAGAUAUUAUCAUGACAGAGACUGGCACGGCGUCUUACGGUGGACAGAGCCUUCUUCUUCCUGAUAACACGACUGUCAUCAACUCGACAAUAUGGCUUUCCAUUGGCUAUAUGCUUGCUGCCGCCCAAGGUGCUUCGCUAGCUCAAAGGGAAAUUCAGCAGGAGGGCACACGGCCCUCAGGUCGCACCAUCUUAUUCGAAGGAGACGGAAGUCUUCAGAUGACUGUGCAAUCCAUUAGCGAUAUGAUCCGAAAUAAGCUCGAUGUUACCAUCUUCGUCCUCAAUAACGACGGCUAUACUAUUGAACGAAUCAUCCACGGUUUCGAUGAAAGCUAUAAUAGUGUCCAGCCCUGGAGGAAUUUGGAGGCGCCUAAUUAUUUCGGUGCUCCCAGGGAUGACGCGUCGUACCCAGUUAGGACUUUCUUAGCUAAGAACUGGGGUGAGCUUCAAACGGUACUACAGUGCCCAGAACUUCAGGAGGGGAAGGGGCUCAAUAUGAUUGAGGUGACGAUGGAAAUGGCAGAUGCUCCGCAGUCACUUGUGUCAUUUGUUCAGUAUUUAGUCAAGAGGAACCGAGGCGAAGCGUGA